AUGAGAGGCAAGAGAUCGAAGCAGUACCGGAAGCUCAUGGAGCAAUUCUCCAUGACUUUUGGCUUCCGUGAACCGUACCAGGUCCUCGUCGAUGCCGAGAUGGUGCAAGACUCUUCUCGCUUCAAGAUGGACCUUGAGCCAGCAUUGUCGAGAACGGUCCAUGGCAAGGUUAAGCCCAUGAUUACGCAGUGCGAGAUUCGAAAACUCUACGCCAAAAAGAACGAACCCGGUGUGAGCGCAGCCAUUGAUCUAGCCAAAACCCUGGAGCGAAGACGAUGUGGUCACCAUCCCGACGAGUACCCCGAACCGUUGAGCACGCAGGAAUGCCUUCGAUCCGUUGUCGACCCCAAGAACACGAACCAGAACAAGCACCGCUAUGUGGUUGCCAGCCAGGAUCAGGAUGUGCGAAGAAUGCUACGGGGUAUCAAAGGCGUCCCUCUGAUCUACAUCAAGCGAAGCGUCAUGAUUCUGGAGCCAAUGGCCGACGAGAGUGUCCAGGUCCGAGCCCGUGAAGAGAGGAGCAAGUUCCGGGCCGAGCUCAAGAAUGCUCUGGGCAAGCGAAAGCGAGAAGACGGGGACUCAGACGAUGAAAAGGACAAGGCUCAGGCUGGCGAUGGAGAGGCUCUUUCAGCAGAAGAGCAAAAGAAGAAAAAGAAAAAGAGUUACGGCACCAAGGGACCGAACCCACUGUCAGUCCAGAAGUCCAAGAAGAAGCAAGAAGGACAGUCGCGAAAACCAGCAGGAUCCGAGAAGAAGGAGGACACACAAGAAGCCCCUGCCAAGAGAAAGAGACGGCGGAAGAACAAGGCUACCACUUCAACGGCCGAUCAGGGAGAGGCCAAGGCUGAGCCUGUCGAGGCCGCAGGGGAAGCAGAGAGUUGA